AUGACCGCGGCUACUUCGACCAAGAGGAACACGGAGGCGCGAAGGUCAGAUGGCAGAGAGGAUGAAAAGAAGCUUAUGACAGUGGAAGAUUUCAUUUUCUACCUCCCCCUCUCUCAUUUGUGAUGCAAAAAAAUUACCAAUUCGAAUUCGAACACCCAAUCCCAAACGAGACCGAGCCCGCCACUUUGGCGAUUGUUGCAUGACAAGUUCCGUAAAUUGACUAGCGCUUGACAGUUCGGGCAGAAAUUGAUGCUUCACGAAAUACCUACACGUUUCAGGUUGCUCUUUCUGAUGCUAUGGAUCCACUUUAAAUGAGGGGGACGCGGAAGGAAUAGUUGUCCAUUUUCAUAAUACCUGGGGAUGGACAUGAAGAAGACGAGGACGACGAGAAGAUGGAUGGGAAAUCAAGUAACUUUUACAGCGGGAAGGUGCUCUUUCUGCUCUCGUACGUGAAGCCGCUGAUGCGAAUGGCAUCCCACGGGAAGCUAUGCAUUGCAAAUAUGUUUGGGUCUGGAAACUUGCAUUGCCAAUUCGUGCAUGGUGUGGGCGCUGCAAUACGCAGUCCUCACACAUGACAGCUCUAUAAAGCGCUUCGCCUUGUUUCGCAUGGAAAACUGCGUUUUUGCAACAUGACAAGCAAGACGCCUGUUUUCUGCUUAUGCAUCACAGAUACAACAAGAGAGGAGUCAUACGAGGCAAGCAUGAAAAAGUUGCAUUUUUUCAGACCCAAGUAUAUUUGCAAUGCAUAAAAGCAACAGUACUUCCCGGUGCAAUACAAAGGCGGAGCCGUGCGGACGCAAGUGGAAGUCGCCAAGAAGUGGCUGCACAAGAUCGAGGGCGACCUCGGAACCCGGUGCGCAGUCACGAUCGGAGAAGACGGAAGGUACUGGGACUUUCCGGACGAAGAAGCCCUCUACCAGUGCGUGGACAUGGGGCCCCGCGGCGACAGAAUCGGGCCGGGAGCAGGAAAAGAUUUUGUUUUCCACGGCGAUGUGUGCAUUGCAAAUAUGUCUGGGUCUGGAAGAUUGCAAUAUUUUAUUUGAUAUGCACAUUGUGCAUGGCCUUCACCCCCGAGCAUGACGUCUGUGAUGCAUGGCUGCGCAACACAAAUUUCCAGAGUGCUUGACGAUGCGUAUCCUGAAUGAGAAACGCCCCCUCAGCGUAGCAACACAUGGGCUCAUUCUCGCUAUUCAAGCAAUACAGAUCUUUUUGGAAUCGAAUUACAUGAGCAUCACAACUUGCACUCUUCCAGAUCCAGACAUACGUGCAUUUGAUACGAUGCUAAAGUAAAUGGCUUUCCCCUCGUCCAACUGCAUGUGCUGCCAGACUAUACCCUGUUAGACUGCUAUCGCAAGAAACAAGUGCUUCGCCGUGAGUUUGUCUAUGAGCAUUAGGCAGCGGGCGACCCGGUGGCGCCCUUUUGUCCUGCUAACAAUUCAAGGGCGUUUUAUGUAUUCGCCUACGGAUAGACGCCUCGCAUGGCUGAUUUUUGCUGGUGCGCGUCAUGCGAAGCAAACUUGUCCUGCGACGCCAGUGCUCGGAAAUCUUCAUCACACGGAAGCACUUUUUUCAUACGAUAAUUGCUGCACGUCUUGUGGUUUCAUCUCCGCUCGUCAGCGAAACAAGAACUACGACUUCGAGGAGAACCUGCGCGGCCAUAAAGUCUGCAAAAUUUGCCACCGAGUGUUCGGUGACGCGCCUGCCAGUGUUCUCCCAUCCGCCCCGAGGUCGCCGACGAAGUGUUAUCACAACGACCGACGAGGACGAGCAGGCGCUAGCGGCACAGGUAACAAGCGUCUCGAGCUGGCUGAUCUCGAAGAGCGAAACGAGGCCCUGCGACUGGCGUCGGACUCCAACGGAGGCAUACAGCGCUCGAAGCGAGCCCAUCGGUGGACGUUCUUGGAAGGCGAAGCUGUCAUGCGCAUGGACCUGGUCAAAGGAGGAAAGUUUCUGCCGUUUGCAGUGGAAUACGCUGUUGAAAAGUAUCGCAGUUGAGCAGAUUGCAUAUACCUAUGGUACUUAUGUAUGACGUUCUGAAGACACAUAGCGAUGUGAUGCUCUGUCUCUGUGUCAAAUGAAAGAAACAAGACCACCCUUUGGGCAGACCUGCAAUUCAUACUGCAACUGCGAUACUUUUGCACAGGAUCUUGAAAAGAAGGUGGAAACCCAGGAAGAGUUUGACCGGGAGUUGGAAGUAGUGAAGAGACUUUCUGUAUCCAUUGCAAAAACAUCUGAGUUGGAAACUGCGUCGUGCAUGUUCCUCGUACUCACUCGCAGCCGGGUGUAAAGAUCAACAUAGUUAGCGUUUGCCGUCAAACAAAAACGGAUUGCGCUUCUGCUUGCAGUACGGAAUCUGAGGUAACAGUGCGUGCAUUAUGCACGCACGAUAGUUGCCACGGUGUGACCCCCGGAACUUCAUGUUUGUGAUGUUUGAUUUCACACACCAAGACUCAUGGCUGAAGAAGAAGAAGAACAUACCGUAGCAGGAACAAAAAUCGGAGGUUCAAAGCAGGACAAUUGUGUAGAAACUCAGAGUCAGCGAGAAUUUUGCAGUGUAUAUCCCGCUAACAGAGAUUACGGACACGAGAACAUUAUCGCCCUGUUUUCCCGGGACGCCAAGUCUCUCUGCUUUCGAUACGAGUACGGUGGUAUCACCCUCCGGACGCUGCUGCUCAAGGAGAGGACCUUCGCAAAGUCGGUCCUGCACGGAUUGUGGGUUCAGUUUCGUCGGGCAUUUACGCGUAUGCGUUGCAAGUAUGUUUGGGUCUGGAUUUGCAAUGCGAGAGUGGAAGGGCAACAGGAUCUGUGAUGCACAAGUACGGGUUGCCAGGGGCACCCCACCUUUUUUUCAUGCUGGAUGCCAGUUUGUCACUCGUUUUCGUUUUACGAGUGAAUCUGCAACAAGACUUGAAAGAUUUCUGAUGCCAAUAUGCCGUGCUAGCGGCUGAUCUGCCAUUCGAGUAUCAGAAUCACAACUUUCAACACCCAGACAUAUUUGCAUUUGAUACCACGCUGCACCGAGCGCGCGGUCCUGCACAUGGACUACAAGUUGGAGAACUAUGUGGUGAGAAAGGUGUUUAUCACUGACUCUACCGAGAACCACCUCCUAUGAAUUGCAAAAGUAUCGUACUCGGACAUUAGCAUUACAAAUUUUCUCAGCAUGAGAAAUAAAAUUUGUAAUGCGGAUUUACCUUGAAAAAAAAACUUGAUUGCAAUCACUACGAGUACGAUACUUUUGCACAGGAUACCUCCAGGGCCUCGACAAUGUGGUAGCCGAAGAAAAACACAGAGACCGAAAGAAAGCCGAGGAAGCAACAGGAAGGAAAAGCAACGACAAAGCGGAAAACAAUUCCAAAGAAGUCAGCGAAAAGCAGCGCAACGUCAAGCGUAUGAGCAAAUUUUUUUCCGAGAAGGAAGACCCGGACUGCGAGGCAGCCGAAAAGUGUCCGUUUCGUCUGCAGGUGAUCGACCUCGGGUCAGCUAGGAUUGUCAACGACGCUACCGCCCUCGACGCCAGGAAGGAUAUCUGCGCGACAUGGCCCUACUACGGAAGGAGCUUUGCAGCAGCGCGGAGCGAAAUCGAGAAAAAGUUGAAAAGGGGCGAGGAGUUGCAAGAGGCGGACUUUCUUGUUCCGGCGAAGAUCCUGCGCGAGCACGAUUGCUUCACUGCGGCGUUGGUGGACUUCUUCUUGGCGAACGCGCACGCCGAUGAAGAUGAACGUCGCGAAGCAGGCCCAGGCGGCGAUCCGUCCCAGAUACCGCCUUCUUCGGCGAUGGGGUUGGAAAAAGGUGCGAUCGAAACGGAAAGCAACACCACCGGGGACGGGCAUGAAGUUGGGCGUCUUCUUGUUGCGAUUGGGGAGAACUUGGAGGAGAAUUGGCCAAAGGAGGAUUACAAAAAGGAGAACAGUGCGUUUUUCACAUUUGUAAAGGAGUAUGCGAGCUGGCGCUACUCCUUAGUGGACAGUGUGUCGAGCUUCACCAAGUUGCAGAAUGAGAUCAAUAUAGAAUUGAGGAAAGCAGGCGUGUUUUUGUAGUGAAAAAACUGUGAGCACCCUUUGACCAUUCGGCGCGCAGGUGAGUUUCGCCCAAUUCUGU